GUCGCUGCGCGCGGUGCUGAUGCGGGAGAGUGACGCUGCCCGCGCGCUCUGUGUCGCUGGGUUUCCUCGAGAUGUUUCUGUUUCUGCUCGGGAUUAUCGCGUUUGGGAUGUAGGAUCAGCUUUAGUUGGAGGAUGAUUCACAGCCAGCUCGCACUGUCACCGGGUUUGAUGUGCGUGAGUUGCUGACUCAUGAUGCUGCUACACCUGUGUAGUGUGAAGAACCUGUACCAGAGCCGGGUCGUGGGCCUGACGUCGAUGGCCUCUCCGUCCAGGAGCGCUCAGACCCGGCGCCGCUGUAAGGACGGCUCUCGGCUCGGCUCGGCUCACGCUGAAGCGCUGGUUCUGCCCCGAUCCACCAGUGACACGGAUCUGGUGUCCCUGCAGACCCGCUCCACCCUGACCGUCAGCUCCUCCCUCUACUGCCUCGGCCAAUCAGAGGACAUCGUCAUCAGCUGGGACAUCACCGAGGAGGUGGACGCCGGGGACUGGAUCGGCAUGUACCUUAUUGACGAGGUUCUGUCAGAAAACUUUCUGGACUACAAGAGUCGAGGAGUGAGCGGCUCGCACAGAGGCCAGAUCGUGUGGAGGAUCGAAGCCAGCUUGUACUUUAUGGAGGCCGAGACGAAGGUUUGCUUCAAAUAUUAUCACGGUCUGAGUGGAGCUCUCCGAGCCACAACACCCAGCGUGACAGUGAGGAACCCCUUGUCCUCUGCUCUGAAGCCGGUCAUCAGUGCAGAUCUCUCUCAGACUGGCAGCCGGAGGCUCAUCAGCUUCUCUCUGUCAGGCUUUCAGGCAUUCGGUCUAAAGAAAGGGAUGUUCUUUAAUCCCGACCCGUAUCUGAAGAUCUCCAUCCAGCCGGGAAAGCACAGCAUCUUCCCAGCUCUUCCUCAUCACGGACAGGAGAAGCGGUCCGGCAUCGUCUGCAACACGGUCCAGCCCGUCUGGAAGAGAGAGAGAUUUAGCUUUGUGUCCCUGCCGACGGACGUUUUGGAGAUCGAGGUGAAAGAUAAAUUUGCCAAGAGCAGACCCAUCAUCAAACGCUUCCUGGGAAAGUUGGUCGUGCCCGUACAGAGGCUGCUGGAGAAGAAUGCUAUCGGGGACCGUGUGGUGAGUUACACUUUAGGCCGACGGCUUCCGACAGAUCAUGUCAGCGGCCAGUUGCAGUUUCGUUUUGAGAUAACCUCAUCAAUUCAUACAGAUGAUGAAGAAGUAUCCCUCAAUGCAAUGCCAGUGUUUGAUGUGGUACCUGACCAGGAGGCUGAGCUGGAGCCCAACGAGGACCAACCAGGAGCUUCUGAUCUGCCUGUGGAAGAUGCAUUGAGUUUGGGACCUGACAUCCAGGAGCCGCUUGCCGAAAGUCCUCUCGAAGUAGAGACCCAAGAUGCUGUGCUGCUUACUUCAAUAGCUGAUCCACCACCGGAAGCUGAAGAAUCGGCCGAUGAGCUUGUAACAGCUCAAGGAGAGACACUAUUGAGUGAUGCCACUCAAGGGGAAACUGAGGAGCAAGACUAUGGAAAAAUAGAGUCCAAUGAAACUGUGACUGAGACUCCUUUGGAGGAACUGGAGAACCAUGAUGCUGAAGACACAUGUGGAGAUGAAAUGGGAGCAACUGCAGAGCAUGUAGAGAUUGACAGAAGCUCAGAGCAUGUUGACAUGAGGGUGGAAGGAGAUGGGAAUGAGGAAGAACCCUGUUCCCCAAGGAUGCGAGGUGCCUUAAAGCGAAAAAGCCGUCCCUGUUCGCUUCCAGUGUCCGAAUUAGAGACGGUCAUCGCCUCAGCCUGUGAAGAACCCGAGACGCCUCGGUCUCACUACAUCCGCAUUCAUCAUUUACUGCACAGCCUGCCGUCAGCUCAAUGCCACCCUGACAGCCAAGAUGAGGACGAAGUUCUUGAUCCAGAAUCCGAGGAAAUCACUGUCAAACCCCAAGAGGACAAAGAGGAGGAUGAAGAUGAGGUGUCUGAAGCUCAGUCUCCAUCAAUCGUGCCCGAGUGUCCUAGACCGUGUUGCAGGCGUACCUUACCACGUAGCCUCUCCAUCGAGGGCUUGUCUGAACUCAACCAACUCCUGGAGGGGGAAAGACCCUCACCUCGCGCCCUUCGGCCGGACAGCGAAGACGGGGAAGUGUGUGUAAGCAGGAGGGAUCCUCGAGUGAGUGAGUGCGAACUCUGUGACAACUCCUGCUACAGCACUUCCUGCUACAGCACUUCCUGUUACAGCACUUCCUGCUACAGUAACUCGGGUUACGAGGGGCGUAACCACCUGUGCAGCCACACGCGUCUCUCUUCGGUCGACAGCACACGCCUGUCGGAGAGCACUGUCUUCUCCUCGCAGGAGGAAGAGGAGGAAGAGAACAGUGCUUUUGAAUCCGUCUCGGACUCCAUGCAGAGUCCAGAGAUCAGGGAGCCGGGAGACGGCUCGGUUCAGUGGAGGGAGUCGUCCUCAGAGGACAGUCCCCAGAGAGAAGGGGCGGUGGAGGUGUCGCCAGGAGCCGGGCCCAGUGUUACCUCAUCAGGCAGUUGUCAUUUGCAGAUCAGUCAUCAUGCGUUCACUCAUCUUCCUGAUCCCCAUCAUUACUCAAGUGUUGAUCAACCAUUACCACCAAACUGGGAAGCGCGGAUCGACAGCCACGGCCGUGUCUUCUACGUGGAUCAUGUGAACCGCAGCACCACGUGGCAGAAGCCGAUCCAUGCGGCCAAACGCUCCGGCAUCCCGAGAUCCGGAUCCACACACCAGAUGGAGCAGCUCAACCGCAGGUACCAUAACAUCCAGAGGACGAUGGCCAGCGAAGACGAGCCGCCGAGGAACACCGCAGACGCCGAGAGGGACGUCUCCACACACACUGCAGAGCCGCGAAGAGAAGGUUGUUGGUCUCCUGUGAACACUCAGAACGCCACGCUUCUGCUCCAGUGUCCCACCGUCAAGUUCGUCACACACCCAGAAUUCUUCACGGUCCUCCAUGCAAACCACGGUGCGUAUAGGAUGUUCACUAACAGCACCUGCCUGAAGCACAUGAUUCUGAAAAUACGGCGAGACGCGCGCAACUUCGAGCGAUAUCAACACAACCGUGACCUCGUCACCUUCCUCAACAAGUUCUCCGACACUCAGCAGGAGCUCCCGAGAGGCUGGGAGAUCAAAACGACCCGCAGGGCGUCAUUCUUCGUGGACCACAACAGUCGGGCAACAACCUUCAUUGACCCCAGGAUCCCCCUUCAGAACGGACGACUGCCCAACCACCUCACACACCGACAACACUUACAGAGACUGCGCAGCUAUAGUGCCGGAGAGGUACAUCUAUUUGAUGACGAGAUCAUGUCGUUUAUUCCAUCUCACUCCUUCCACCCCGGCCUGAGCUUCUCCCCUCGCUGCUCUCCUGGAUCCUCGCCGCAGAGUUCACCUGGCUUGCAGAGGGCCAGAGCGCCGGCUCCGUACCGCAGAGACUUUGAGGCCAAACUGCGCAAUUUUUACAGAAAGCUGGAGGCUAAAGGCUACGGACAGGGGCCCGGGAAAAUAAAGCUCAUCAUCCGAAGGGAACACUUACUGGAAGGCACCUUUAAUCAAGUGAUGGCGUACUCGCGUAAAGAGCUCCAGAGAAACAAGCUCUACAUCGCCUUUGUGGGAGAGGAAGGUUUGGACUACAGCGGCCCGUCGCGGGAAUUCUUCUUCCUGUUGUCUCAGGAGAUGUUUAACCCGUACUACGGCCUGUUCGAGUACUCGGCCAAUGACACGUAUAUGGUGCAGAUCAGCCCCAUGUCUGCAUUUGUAGAGAACCAUUUGGAAUGGUUCCGCUUCAGUGGCCGUAUUUUGGGUCUGGCUCUGAUCCACCAGUAUCUACUGGAUGCUUUCUUCACCCGUCCUUUCUACAAAGCCCUACUCAGACUAGUGACAGAUUUGAGUGAUCUGGAAUACCUGGAUGAGGAGUUCCACCAGAGCUUACAAUGGAUGAAGGACAACGAUAUCACGGACAUCUUGGAUCUAACGUUUACCGUCAAUGAGGAGGUCUUUGGACAGGUGACGGAGAGGGAGCUGAAGUCGGGGGGCUCCAAUAUCCAAGUGACGGAGAAGAACAAGAAGGAAUAUAUUGAGCGAAUGGCAAGAUGGAGGGUGGAGAGGGGGGUUAUGCAGCAGACCGAAGCCCUCGUCAGAGGUUUCUAUGAGGUCGUAGACUCGCGUCUGGUUUCGGUGUUCGAUGCUCGGGAGCUGGAGUUGGUCAUUGCAGGAACGGCUGAGAUCGAUUUGAACGACUGGAGAUCCAACACAGAAUAUAGAGGAGGUUACCAUGAUGGGCACAUUGUGAUGCGCUGGUUCUGGGCCGCGGUGGAGCGCUUCAAUAAUGAGCAGAGGUUGCGUUUGCUCCAGUUCGUGACGGGCACGUCCAGUGUCCCCUAUGAGGGAUUCGCAUCGCUGAGGGGGAGCAACGGCCUGAGGCGCUUCUGCAUCGAGAAGUGGGGAAAGAUAACCUCUCUGCCAAGGGCUCACACGUGCUUCAACCGCCUGGAUCUGCCUCCCUAUCCGUCGCACACCAUGCUGUACGAGAAGCUCCUGACGGCCGUGGAGGAGACCAGCACCUUUGGGCUGGAGUGAAGAACGGACACUUGGCUGACAAUAGAUUUCUUUUUUUAUUCCUGUAAAUAAAUAGUUUUUUCAAUAACUCAAGCCACAAGAGACUUUUUAGAGAUUUUUAAAGUAAAUAAAUAUGGGCAUUUCGUUUUUAAA